GCGUGCGCAAUAGCAUUCGAAGUGUUCAACAUGUCGCUGGUAUUGCCGGAAAAGUUUCAGCACAUCUUGCGUGUUAUGAACACGAACAUCGACGGCAACCAGAAAGUCAUGUUCGGCUUCACUGCCAUCAAAGGUGUCGGUCGUCGUUAUGCGAACAUGAUAUGCAAGAAGGCAGAUGUUGAUAUGACAAAACGGGCCGGAGAACUGAGUGAAGAUGAGGUGGAUCGUGUAAUGACGAUAAUGCAGAACCCACUGCAGUACAAAGUACCCAAGUGGUUUCUCAACAGACAGAAGGACAUCAAGGAUGGCAAGUACUCGCAAGUGUUAUCAAACUACCUAGACAAUAAGCUGCGUGAAGAUCUCGAGAGACUGAAGAAGAUCCGAGCUCACAGGGGCUUGAGACAUUACUGGGGUGUUCGUGUUCGCGGUCAGCACACGAAGACAACCGGAAGGAAAGGACGAACUGUUGGUGUCGCUAAGAAGAAGUAGUGUUGUUAUGUGACUGGUUCACAAUCUUACGUUUGAUGAAAAAUGUGUUUACUCACAUCGUGUUCGUCAUUCUUAACUUAAAAAUCCAGUCCAAAGAGAAUCAUGA